CCGUAGCCCACAAGUUCAACUUGUAAUACCUCGUAUACUGAAUCGCAUCUUCAACCACCUCUUGAAAUCAGAAACCAAAUAUCUCUGGGUCCUGAAACGGACAUCUCCCCAUCUAGGCCCGGAACUCGCAGCACCGGUGGGGCGGAAUUCUUUAACGACCAUCGACCGCACAUUUUGACGAAGGGAUAAGCACUGUCUUUGAAGCUGACACCAAGAGAUCCUGGCCCCCGUGCAGACGUAGCCGGCCAGGGCGCGAAUCAACAAGGACAGAGCCCUCGUUUACCCUGAAGCUAUCCAUUCGAGGUAGUAGGAGUCAUCUGGCUGCAUUGUACCUUGCUGCGAAAUGGCCUCCCAUGCACGCCCCGAAACUACGGGGACCGGGGAACCAAAGAUCACUCUUCACUGGCUUGAAGUCUCCCGGGCUCAUAGGAUCCUGUUCCUCUUCGAGGAGCUUGGAGUUCCAUAUCAACUCAAAACGUACAAACGGACCAAAGAACGACUCGCCCCGCCAGAGUUGAAGAACAUUCACCCCUUGGGUAAAUCUCCUGUUGUCACCAUUGAAACCUCAGGCUCGACCACGCCAGUUGUACUUGCAGAGUCCGCAGCGAUUGUAGAGUACUUUUGCGACUAUUAUGGAAAAAGCACCACUUUGGUUCCCACCAGGUAUCAAGAAGGUAAGGAUGGGAAAAUUGGAGGUGAAACGGAGUCCUGGUUACGCUACAGGAUGUUCAUGCACUAUGCUGAGGGCAGUCUCAUGCCACUUAUGCUGCUAUCGCUCAUCGUUGGAAGUAUCAGGAAUGCUCCCGUUCCAUUCUUCAUCAAGCCGAUCACAAACAGUGUUGCUGGCAAGGUUGAAUCAUCCUUUCUGCAAAGAAACAUGAAGAACCAUUACGACUUUCUUGAAUCCCAACUCGCAACAUCCCCGGACGCGGGAGACUACCUCUGUGGGAAAGACGCCACGGCGGCGGACAUUAUGCUUUCAUUCCCACUUGAAGCUGGUCAAUCUAGGUCAGGAUUCACGCAAAGUCAAUAUCCCAGGGUCUGGGCAUACAUCGAGCGACUUCAUGAAAGAGAUGCAUACAAGCGUGCGGUCGCGAAGAUUGUGGAAAUCGAGGGCGACUUCAAGACCACCCUUUGA